AUGUCUACCUCUGUUGGUGACUUUCAAGAAGGCACCGUUGCCCAAUGCGCCGGGACUGAUUUCAAAGAUUUUGGCCUCACACAUGCCAUAAUUUUCGCUGUCGAAAAGAUAAAUAAUGAUUCAAACCUACUUCCAAAUAUCUCCCUUGGAUAUGACAUCAGAAACUAUGAUGGAAACAUUACUAAAGCUGGGAAAAUAAGUUACGAACUGUUUGAGGAUAUACUGUGUGUUAGCCCAGCAGCCGGUAAUGAUACCAAAAGGAAUACUAUUGCGGCCUUAAUCGGUCCCUUCGAUUCCCGGACAGCAUUGUAUAUUGGCGGAGUUCUCCGCAUGUUUAAUGUCUCUGGAAUAAGCGGUACAACAACUAGUGGAGAACUGAGCUCCGAAAGUUAUGCUCAUUUGUAUCGUACUGUGCCCUCAGACACAUUUCUUGCAAAAGCCGUCGUCGACAUCAUUAUACACUUUAACUGGAGUUAUGUGGGUGCUAUUGGGCUCGAUGACUCGUAUGGAAGAANUGGAAGAAGCGGAGUAUGGUCAUUAGUUAAUGAAGCAACGGUUAGGAGACACCCAUUUUGCAUCGCUAUGACUGAGUUUAUUCGCCACGAAACACAAUUUCCCAGCAUUAAGUAUAUUAUUGAAGAGUUGAAAAGCCGAGAAAAUAUCCAAGUAGUUAUCUUAUGGGUAUACGGAAAAUACUUGCGGAGGUUUAUGGAGGAGGUCAGUAAACAAAACGUCACAAAUCGCAUUUGGAUUUUAAGUGAUAUAUAUUCGAUUUCGAAAGAAGACGACUUUAUAGAUGCAAGAUUCUCUUUCUUAGAAGGAUCAAUAGGAUUGCGACAUCAUGAUCACUAUGAGUACGAAUUUAAAGAACGCCUAAAAACCGUUUUGACCGACGCGAUGACCAAUAAUAUGACUUCGGAGUGGAGCGGUGUUGAGGAUAUUAAACGGAACUGUCCAGGAUUACGACAAGUCCACGAUAACUCCAAAUCUGAGCUGCACUACAGCAAUGUUGUUGAUCAAAUCUACAGCAGUUACGUUCCAUACAUCAUCGACGCUGUGUACUCAGCAGCCCAUGCUCUCGACAUAUUGACCAGAGAGUCGAACGGCAUCGAAGCCAGUGAUCUGCAGCAGUUUGAUUUCAAUAUUCAUGAAAUGCAAAGGGUCCUUGGAAGGGUAAAUUUUACCGGGUUAACAGGCAAAAUUAAAUUUGAUAAAUUUGGUGAUAUAGACUCGGCUUCAUAUGACAUUUUCAGUAUCAAACGAGUAUCAUCCGAGACCAGUGGUCUUAAAACCAACCUUGUAGGCAAAUGGCAAAAUCAUGCACGAGAUGAGACACAGCUAAAUUUUCAUCAAGAAAUUAGCUGGAAGACCCCGACUGGUAGACCACCAAAAUCUGAAUGCUCAGAACAAUGCCCUCCAGGAACGAGGAAAUCUUCCACUUCACCUUGUUGUUGGCACUGCACCCAGUGUUCUGGUGGUACAGUCAACCCCUAUGGUGGUUCUGCGAGUUGUUCUGAGUGCCCUAAGGGUAAAACAGCUAACCAGGCUAAGACACAUUGUGUAGCCUUGCCCUCGGCAAACUUGAGCUACGAGAGUGUUGGCGGAAUGUUGAUUCUUGGGUUUGCUUCUUUUGGUGUGAUUCUCACAUUUUUUUCUUUCGUAAUGAUUGUUAAAUUCUGGAACAGCCCCAUCGUCAAGGCAUCCAAAAGGGAGUUAAGCAUUGCUCUUCUAUUAGCUGUUUUUUUGUUGCUAUCUCUGACAUUCAUAAAUGUCCUUCAGCCCACAGACAUAAUUUGUAGGAUUACCUAUUCGGUACGCUACUUGACCUAUAAUCUUUGCCUGUCUGUUUUGCAGACGAAAUUCUUGCUCAUAUCAAGCGCGUUUCAG